AUGGACCUCAAGGAGAGCCCCAGCGAGGGCAGCCUGCAGCCCUCCAGCAUCCAGAUCUUCGCCAACACCUCCACCCUCCACGGCAUCCGCCACAUCUUCGUGUAUGGGCCGCUGACCAUCCGCCGUGUGCUGUGGGCCCUGGCUUUCGUGGGUUCUCUGGGCCUGCUGCUGGUCGAGAGCUCAGAGAGGGUGUCCUACUAUUUCUCCUACCAGCAUGUCACCAAGGUGGAUGAAGUGGUGGCCCAGAGCCUGGUCUUCCCAGCUGUCACCCUCUGCAACCUGAAUGGUUUCCGGUUCUCCAGGCUCACUACCAAUGACCUGUAUCACGCAGGCGAGCUCCUGGCUCUGCUGGACGUCAACCUGCAGAUUCCAGACCCGCACCUGGCUGACCCCACGGUGCUGGAGGCUCUGAGGCAGAAGGCCAACUUCAAGCACUACAAACCCAAGCAGUUCAGCAUGCUGGAGUUCCUGCACCGCGUGGGCCAUGACCUGAAGGAUAUGAUGCUCUACUGCAAGUUCAAAGGGCAGGAGUGUGGCCACCAAGACUUCACCACUGUCUGA